UGUCUCUCAGAUAAAAUUAUCGCAGAGUCCAUUCAGCGCCUCGAUGAUAGCAUCGCAGUUCGGAGAAAUAUUGUGGCUACAGUCGCCAGACCAUGUAAGUAUAUGGGUGGAUGACAGGUAGAAGCGUGUCGGUCACAAGCAAUGACGACGCAGUUGGAAUCUCAAGAUCUCAGCAUUGAUCGCCUGGUAUCCAGUUUAAUGUCAGUAUCCAUGAGACUCCUGAGCCCACUCCCAGGGAUUGUCGUGUCACCUGUCGCAAGGCUGUAUGCAACAAUGGGUUGGAAUUACAUAUCAUCGACAUUUCCUAGUAUUCUGCCGUCAAUAUAUCGUCGAGGAUAGAGCAAAUCAAACCUGAGGUCUGCUGGCAAUGCAAAUGACAUCUGUCUGGAGUAUUUCGGAUGCACAAAAGAUUAUCCACUGGCAGGAUAUAAAAGCAAGCUGUCUUCCUACCAUCCCCUUCAGCUUUGUUUUUGAAGUCACAUAUCAGAUCUCACAGAUAAUGCGUCUCCCCUUCAUCCUCGUCGUUGCUGCUACUGCUUUCCAAUUGUCAGUGUCCACACCAGUGGUCAGUGAUGAAGAUAAAUGUCCCACCUUCUGCAACUUUAACGAGUGCUGCGCUGGCGUUAAAUGCGAGGCAGUAUACACUGACCUUUGGAAGCUGACAAGGCCUCGGCAAAUACCUGACUCCGAGCGCACGGGAGGUGCUGCAGGCCCCACCAGGCGGAGGACGCUGCGUUACAGUUCCUCACCUUCCCCUCUCAAACGAAUGGGCUCAGCAUUCAUGGGCCACGCCUUGGACAAUUCAAUUCGCAUACCGGAUGAAGACUUCGACGAUGGCGAGUAUUCUCCCACACAAGAUAACAAGGAGCCUUCCGAAGAACAAUUGAACGAACGACAAGCGUUCCUUACCAGAAAGCUAACUCCCUUACGAGGGCGCACUCUCGGUUUCUUAGAGUCCUCCAGCACGUUUCGCCUUCGCCUCUAUGGCUUCCUUUCUCAUCCCAUUUCACAGCUCCCUUCGUCAAUAGCAUUCCCCUUCCAACUCGAACUCAGCCUUACACUGCCAUUCCGAUUAAACAUCGAUAAUGCACGCGACAAGCUUCUGGUUGAGCUUUAUGCAGCACUUCAAGUUGUCGUCGUGACUUCAGCCAAUGGCGUAUGUGUUUUUUAUUCAUAUUUCUGUCGCGCUAAUUUCCUCUCAGUGAUCCCCAAUCAUGUGCUCGAUCAUCGAUGCCGAAUUUUUGUCUGCUGCUUCUAUUUUAUUGUCUGCAUCCUCGUGUUGAACAUUUGGCUUAUCAAUCUAUUUGUUACGAACUCGUUCUCUGCCAUACGUGCAGAUACGCAGAAGAGUGCCUUUGGUGCUGCACCACUAGGACUUGUCGUCGAAGAGCAAGAAGAGGGUUGGUCAGACGGGAAACACAUUUCUCAGAGCAACCCACUCAAGGAAUUCUACACCCAUACGCGCUGGUGCUGGGUGUUUCUGGCUCUCGCGUCGCUCGUGGUACAAGCCACUGCCAGUGCUGAUAUUAACUCGGAGCUAUACCCCCUGGUUGACGAUAUUUCAACUAGGGAGGUUCUGUAG